UGAUGCUGUCCCUGGCCUUGCAGCAGCAGCGCGCCGCCUACCGCGGCAUCCGCGCCUUCCAGACAACGUCUGUGCUCUGCGCGCGCAAGGGCAAGUCGGCCUCACGGCUCUCGAUCAAGCGCGGCGUCCGCGACACGCAAGAAGCCUUCCGCGGCUUUGACAUGUCGGGCUUUGAAGCCGCGGACGCUGAAGUGAAGCGCACGAACCUGCGCGCGGCCAUGGACCAGCUCAACGAUCCGCACUCGCUCGAGAUGGACAUGAUCCCGCUGGCACGCAAAGCAGCGCUCGAGGAAGAGGAGGGCAUGAUGACCGAAGAAGAGUUUGAGGCGUUCUUGGCCGGCGACGACGAAGACGACGAGGACGAAGAAGACGAAGCCGAUUUUGACCGGGAGCUCGAAGAGCUCGACAAGGAAGACAACAAGAAGCGCGUGACGCAGAUGCUGUCGCCGGACCGCGCGAUGCACGCGCUGAAGGCGGACGAGAACGCGAGGCGACCGGCGGCGACCAAGAACCAGAUCCCGCUGCAGAAGGCCGUCAACUCGCGCUUCGACCCGGAAGUGAUUGGCCACCGGCAAGAGCGCAACGGCAACAUCCUCCAGUCGUUCCUCCAAGACACAUUUGUGAUGCACACCGACUUGUGCACACACGAGAUGCAAGUGUGGGUCACCCAAGUCAAGGCGUCGCCGGAUCUCCGCAAUGCUAUUGUGUUUUGGGACGUCUCGCGGCCCGACGGCACGGCCGUCUCCAAGAAGGCGGUGGCCAAGGUGCGGCAUCGUCUCAUGGGCAUGACGGGCUGGCUCCGCGUGCGCAUGACCCAGCACCUCCGCCUCCGCUACACGCCCAAGCUCGAGUUCCGUCUGCAAGACCACACCGAGUUGGAGGGCCGGAAGCGCCUGGAUGCGAUUCUGCGCUCCGUGGGGUACUAACCGAAUAUCGUCAAUCCAUCACGUGUAUCACGUCAUCUUGACACCGUCC